UUCGUUAGUAACUCUCUUUUGGAUGUUGCGUUACUCUGUCUGAAGUUGACUGCUUGGCAUCUGAGGAACAAUUUGUAAAGUUGAAAGUUUCCUUAAGUUGCUUUUGCUUCAGUUACGUACGUUUUAUAAAAUGGUUAAUCAGAAGUGUGUGAAUUGUGACUGAAUACAUACACAAGGAGUUGGUACCUUCAUAUCAAUUUGAUAAGCAUUUAAUUGGGUUCAUGGCCACGGAAUUAAGAACAAAUGUGGAAUCAGAAAGAGAGGAACAACCAACUACAGUUGCUGAUGUCAAUCAGCCUCUAUUAAUACGAGGAACUAGCAAUACUCUAACAGUUGAUAAUGAAAAUAAUCUACCUUCUUCUAGUCAUGGUCCAGCAAUCCGAUGGGCUGAAGGUACAGUAGAUAAUGAAUUUAUGGGUAAAAAAAAGUCGAAUUGUUGUUGCAUUUAUGAAAAACCAAGAAAAUGGAAUGAAUCAUCUAGUUCAUCAUCAGAUUAUUCUGAUCAUUCGUCUGAUGAUAACAAUGAUAUAAAUAAACAAAACACACAUAAAAAUACACAUUGUACAGAACAUUGUCGAGGACAUACAAAACGAUGCUUUCGAAAAAAGAAAAACAAUAAAGAUACAAAUCGUGAAAAUUUUGAAAAACCAACUUCAUCAUCAUCUGACUUCAAUCCAAAUGGUUUAUGUUCAUAAUUUAAAUAAUUUUGUUUUAAUAUGGUCAACAUUUGUUGGGGGAAAAGAUAUAUAUACAUAUAUACUAGCUGUUUGAAUGGUUUGUUCUCUUUGAUUCGGAUACUUAUUAGUUUGAUUUGUAUUUUGGAGAAUAUAUUUCAAUCUGUUCAUUCUUUAUUUUACUCUUACAUUUCUUCCUUUUAUUAUUAUUACUAUUAUGUGAAUAUUUUCCAAUCUGUUGUACUUAUAAAUAAAAUAUCCUACAGAUGUAUAUUUCCGUUGUCUUCAAACAUCAAAUUUGAAAUAAACUAUAAACAAACUUA